CAAAGAGAGAGUUUCAUCGUGAGACACAAAAAAAAAAGCGCCUAUACAUACACAUUUUUGUAUACACAUCUAUAAAUUAUCUCUGCCGUCUUCUUCCUCUCUUAUCUCUCUACACACACCAGAAGUUUUUGUAAAUGGUCUCUAAGAAUCCGAAUCCUGCAGACGGUUCUUUCUUGGAUCCGAACGCUAUGACGGUUCCUUCUAUUGGACCUUUCACGGCCGUGGCGGAUGCGGCGGAGACUGUCUCUUCGUCGGAGGAUCUCAGCAAGAAGAUUAGGAAGCCUUAUACUAUUACCAAGUCGAGAGAGAGCUGGACGGAGCCUGAGCACGAUAAGUUCCUCGAAGCUCUUCAGCUGUUUGACCGAGAUUGGAAGAAGAUUGAAGCUUUUAUUGGGUCAAAGACUGUGAUUCAGAUACGAAGUCAUGCUCAGAAGUAUUUUCUUAAGGUCCAAAAGAGUGGGACGGGUGAACAUCUCCCUCCUCCUCGACCUAAAAGGAAAGCCGCUCAUCCAUAUCCUCAGAAAGCUCACAAGAAUGCUCAACCUCAAGUAUCAGGGUCCUUCAAAUCAACACCUGAACCAAAUGACCCGAGUUUCAUGUUUAGGCCUGAGUCUUCUUCGAUGCUGAUGACUUCUCCAACCACUGCUGCUGCAGCAGCUCCCUGGACUAAUAACGUGCAAACAAUUAGCUUCACACCCCUCCCAAAAGCAGGAGCAGGAGCGAAUAACAACUGUUCUAGUAGCUCUGAAAAUACUCCAAAACCACGAUCCAACAGGGACACAAAUGAGCAGGCUAAUCCUGGCCAUUCAUUAAGAGGUAAGCAUUGUUACACAAUCUCUACUAUUUGUCUUUUGCUUACCAUUUGUUUACUAAAGAUCAGUUUCUUCGUCUAUGUUUCAGUUUUACCGGACUUUGCCCAAGUAUACAGCUUCAUUGGAAGUGUAUUUGACCCAUAUGCAAGUAAUCAUCUACAAAAGCUGAAGAAGAUGGACCCUAUCGAUGUGGAAACGGUGUUGCUAUUGAUGAGAAACCUAUCCAUCAACUUAUCUAGCCCUGAUUUUGAGGAUCAUAGACGGCUUCUCUCGGCUUAUGAAAUCGGUUCCGAGACAGCAACUGAUCCUGGUGGAGUGAGUAAAACCAUGAAGAAAGAUCCACCUGAAAUCUCUACUUGAAGGUAAUCGUAGAGGGAAAUUAUGAAGUGUCUCAGGUGCGCAAAACAAAAAUUGGCUACCGAACACAUAGAUUCUGUUGUGGGUUUUGUUUUGUACAUAUGAAGAAGAUGAAGCUGACAUUGAGCGGUUUGGGUUUUGUUUUACAUGUAGAAUGUAUUAUCUUUACCAUCGUCUUCUUUUCUUUAAGAUGUAAAGUCUCUGUGGUGGAGACCAAAUCUCUUGGCUUAGCUUUUUUUCCUUCUUCUUGUUUCCUUUUAGUGUAACAUAAGAGCAACAUAAAUAACAUAUUUUCAAAACAAAAAAGCAUAUAUUUUCAGAGCAGGUGUAAUAUAAUUUAAGAAUGUG